GCGUGGGGUAAUUUGCCGGCAAAGCUUUUAUUUGUGGAGUAGUCACCUUCAGCUGCUGAACAAUCAGUCUGUGACAUCUCAUUCUUUAGAACUGUGUUUCAGAUUUGGAUAAUCAUUUAGCGAAGCAGCAUUCUGCUUAUGCCACCGUGGCAUAUGCAAUUAAUCACUAAUUCAGUUCAGACAGUGACACGCUGCUUAGCUAGCUUCAGUUGAAAUAGUGCAACAAAACAUGCUAAAAGCUAGUUAGCUUAAGGGUAGCGUGAGACAGCUGCAGCUGGAUGCUCGGAGAACAACGAGCUUAUCGGAGCACGAUGGAGUAGUGGGUUCCUCUAAAAGUCCACAGUCAAAGGAGUCCGUGUUUUGUAUGCUAAUAGUAAACAGCAGGCUAAAGCAAGGAUUUGCCACUAACUACAGUAAAGUGAAGAGGAAAUGGAUCUGUGUCUACAAAAGAAGGAACAAAAGUACACGUAAUUUGAAGGUCGGCUUAAAGCUAAUCUGGGAAAAUGGAAGGUGCUGGUAGAGCUAAUGAUGUGCAGGCGGAGCUGGACUCUGUUGACUCUGAGCUGGAGCUGAUAGAGCUGCAGAUUGCGGAGCUUCUGCAGAAGCAGGCUGAGCUGACUUCUCGUAAGAAUGCCCUCCUGCAGCAGUUGGAGGAGGCCUGCGAUGCUGCACCCUCAUCCUCUUCGCACUCGGCUACAGCAGCUCCUGUAAUGAACAAGCAGGAGAUGCAGCGCUACGAUGGCACAGAUUUCCCAUGGUAUAAAGAGCUGGAGCGCCAUCUGAAGGACACGUUCCAUUUAUCCAAGUUCAGACCGCUGCAGCUGAGAGCCAUGAACCUGAGCAUGUCUAGCAAAGACCUCUUCUUGGUGAUGCCAACAGGGAGAGGAAAAAGCCUUUGUUACCAGCUGCCUGCAGUCUGCUCCAAAGGUUUUACAUUAGUUAUUACUCCCUUGGUGUCACUGAUGGAGGAUCAGAUCAUGUACCUGAAUUCUGUCAAUGUGCCCGGAGUCAUGCUGAAUGCUUCCAGUAGCAAGGAGCACUCAAAAACAGUCAUGGCUGGACUGACAGAUGUAAAGGCUCCAUUUAAGCUGGUGUAUGUGACUCCAGAAAAGAUUGCCAAAAGUAAACUGUUGAUGUCUCGUCUGGAGAAAGCCUACAACGCCAACCUGCUGAGUCGCAUUGCUGUGGACGAGGUGCACUGCUGCAGCCAGUGGGGCCAUGACUUCAGACCCGAUUAUAAGCUGCUGGGAAUCCUGAAGAGGCAGUUCCCCAGAGUCCCACUGCUUGGCCUUACUGCCACGGCAACCAGCAGCGUCCUGAAGGACUGUGAGAAGAUCCUGUGUGUGUCUAAGCCAGUCACACUCACGGCCUCUUUCAACCGAACUAACCUGUACUACGAGGUCCGUAUUAAAGAUUCCAAUAACAAUGCAUCAAUAAGUGACAUUGCUUCGCUGAUAGACAGCAGAUACAAGAACCAGUCAGGGAUUGUGUAUGUGUUCUCUCAGAAGGAUGCUGAGUUCGUGGCAUCUGAACUGCAGAAAAGAGACAUCCUGGCCUAUCCCUACCACGCCACCAUGGACCCUGUUGAUAAGUCUCGAGUUCACCACAAGUGGGCAUCUAAUAAAGUCAAGGUUGUGGUCGCCACAGUGGCAUUUGGCAUGGGCAUCGACAAGCCUGAUGUCAGAUUUGUCAUUCACCACACCAUCAGCAAGUCUAUUGAGAACUACUACCAGGAAAGUGGACGAGCAGGGCGAGAUGGCCAUCCAGCCGACUGCAUCGUAUACUUUGGCUUCUCAGACAUCUUUAGAGUCAGCACCAUGGUGGUGAUGGAAAACGUUGGUCAGCAGAAGCUGCUGAAAAUGGUGGACUACUGCCAGAACGUGGACAGAUGCCGGCGCUCUCUCAUGGCAGUGCACUUUGAUGAAGUGUGGGACGAUGAAGGAUGCAACCAGAUGUGUGACACUUGCCGACAUUCAGAAGACCACACCUCCAUGGAUAUUACCCAGCAUGCCAGGGAGGUGGUGCAGCUCCUAGAGCUGGCAGCUUCCAUGAAUGAAAAGCUGACUCCCCUGAAACUAGUGGACGCCUGGAUGGGGAGAGGACCUGCCAAGCACCGGAGAUUGAUUCAGACCACGGCGCUGUCGCGGCUGCAGGCGGAGGCUGUGAUUGUGCAGCUGCUGCUUCAGGGUUACCUCAGAGAAGACUUCAGCUUUACUCCAUACACCACCCACUUCUACAUGAAGCUGGGUGCUAAGUCUCCUUUGCUAAAGAACCAGAACCAUAAAGUGAGCAUGAAGAGGAGGGCAUCAGUCAGUGACUCUGUGGCAGUGGGAUCUGGCCAGACCAAAGCCAAAGGAGGAAAGAGAUCAGUUCAUCGUGCUGGAGCUGGCCCUGUGUCUAAGAAAGUCAAGGAGGAUCUUCUCUAGCUUCCCACACCUCAUUAAGGAGACACAUGGAACUGCUCAGUUACCGAAGCCAGUGGACUUAAUCGAAGCUUUGACUCUAUUGGACAGGUCCUCACUGCAACCCAAACAAAGACAACUAAAAUGUCCAGUAAACAAGAACAAGUGGACGAAGGGUUCAAACAAAGAGCCGACACAAAGGCGAGGAGAGGAGGGGAUUUACCAACACGAAUAACACCGGCCCGACUGGAAACGCACCAACUCAGCAUGUCAAAAAAGCUCAUAAUCAUUGCAGCAGACAGAAGGAAUGCAAUGAUUCUUGCAUCUAUGAUUCAGUUCAUGUAUUAUUUGUGUAAGGUUGUUUUGUUUGAGACAGUUUGUUUUGAUUGGGGUUUAGGGAUUUGGAUAAUAAAAGGAUUGCAUUUCCAGGACACAACCAAAAGGUAGAGCCUGUAAAGACUGAAGCUAUUGAUUAAUUCAUGUUUAUUGUUUCUUCUCUUUACUUAUACAGCAGGUAGAUGGUUAGAUGCAGUGGUGGCCAUGCAUUUCACACCUAGUUCUUCAGUGAUGUCCUGCCUAGUCCUACCUACACCUCAUACAAGCAUCAAUAUGACACCACGGCUCCAGAAUCCAUUCAGAACCACCUAAAUAUAACCCAGUAAAUACAAAUAAGCUAAAAUUCACAAUUAAAACAGAAACCAAGAUCCCAGAUACUGUUAAGAUCUUAAAAGAUCAGUGAACAAAGUUCAGGUCCACCAAAAGUAAACUGUGAGCAUAAACAAGUUUGUCUGAUAAACUGCAUGUUGUUGAUGUUUCAAACCAACAAGAUGCUAAAAAGAGCACAGGUUGGAUGGGAGCCAGCUUUUUCUGAAAGCAGCGCCUCCUCCUUCAGCAUCGUAGGUUAAAUACAGGCAUUGUUGUUAGUAGCUUACGGAUCUCUAGGUUUAGUUUAGACAAUUUGAAAACGUCCGUCUUUCAGGCUUUUAUGAGUUCUUAUUGGAUGUGUCCCUUCAGUGUCCCUUCACCUACAGGAGCUGCUCUGAUUCUGAAGCCUCAGGCAGAUUUAUAGAACCUGGCAACAUUUGAUUGGAUGGAAAGCACUGUUAUAUAAAACUGAAACAAGUUUUAAGCUUUGAAUUAAAAACAUCCAAACAUGA